UCGCAUUAAGAAGGUGGUUUCCAUUUACGGCAGCAGCAUUGAUGUGGAGCUGCAGCAGCGGGCAGUGGAAUAUAAUGCACUUUUCAAGAAAUAUGAUCACAUGAGGCCAGCCCUGCUUGAGAGAAUGCCCGUAAUGGAGAAAGUCACCACAAAUGGCCCUACUGAGAUUGUACAGACCAAUGGAGAGACAGAGCCAGCGGUACUGGAAACCAAACCUCCGCCCUCUGGACUGCCGCCUGCUAGCCAGGCAAAUGAUUUGUUGGACUUGCUGGGGGGAAGUGAUAUAACGCCUGUAAUCCCCACUGCACCUACAAGUAAGCCAGCCUCUGCUGGUGGGGAGCUCCUUGACCUCCUGGGAGACCUCAACCUAACAGGUUCUCCAGUAUCUGCCCCUGCGCCCCAGAUAGCACAGCCUCCGUUCCUGCUUGAUGGACUUUCAUCUCAGCCUCUCUUCAAUGAUAUUGCUGCAGGAAUCCCCUCAAUUACUGCAUAUAACAAGAAUGGGCUGAAGAUUGACUUCACCUUUGAGAGGUCAAACACCAACCCCAGCGUCACUGUAAUCACGAUACAGGCCUCCAACAGCACAGAGCUGGAGAUGACAGAUUUUGUUUUCCAAGCUGCAGUACCAAAGACAUUCCAGCUGCAGCUCCUGUCUCCCAGCAGCAGUGUCAUCCCUGCAUUUAACUCGGGGACCAUCACACAGGUCAUUAAAGUCCUGAAUCCACAGAAGCAACAGCUACGUAUGCGGAUCAAGUUGACAUAUAAUCACAAGGGCUCAGCAAUGCAGGAUCUAGCAGAAGUCAACAACUUCCCCCCUCAGUCUUGGCAGUGAGGCUCUGGCACCAUUCUUAUUUUCACCCCACCCAAUCAAAAGAACUCUGGGAAGAAGGUUGUGAUCCUUGGCAAUCCCCCAAACUGCACCAUGGGCAUGGGGAACAGAUGAGACCUGCUGAUGAGGAGGAAUUUUCCUGAAGUGAUUGCUGACUUUGAAGCAUAUCUGUUAAGACUAAUCUCAUCUCCUCCGCUGAUGAGGCUGGCGGCUUGUGGAGGCUACUGUGCACUCUCUCACACAUGCGUUCACAGCCAGAAGCAACAUUCCCUUCUCUGCCCCCCCCCUUCCCCUCCAUUCCCCACAAAGAAACACAGCCUUGUUGGAAGAGAAGUCUGGAAUUUCUAGCAGGGAAACUUUCUUCUCUCUGCAGCAAGUGAGCAGCUGUCCCUUCUUUCUGCUGUCUCUUUCCCCUGGGGUGGGCGAGGCAUGUUGUCAUUCAUUACUAGCUGGAUUCCUUCAGGCACUUUCGUAUGGGGCUCAGACUGGGGACUUGGGGAAUGUCAGGCUGCCCUGCCUCCUCCUCCUCGUAUCCCCCAUGUCUGAAGGGGCUGGAGGCUUCUUACAGCCUGUUCAGUGCAUUAUUGUAUACACCCACCUCUGUUCUGUGAUACCUACCAAGAGAAGCUGGGCUUGGGAGUUCCUCUGCAAACCUGGGACAGUGCAGGAAGAGAGGGGCUGGUGAGAGCUGAUAAAAUUGCUUUGGUGCUGUACUUGGAAAUGAAGACUUUUCUUGGAAUGAAGACUUUACUUGGAAAUGAAGAAUUUUCUUUCUUUCCAUCAAUAGCUACAGCCAUGCAGAUUCACAGACAGUCUUCUGUACCUUUCCCAGAAAGUGUGGUGAUGUAUGAGAGAUGUAGAGAUCCAAGGAGCAGCUGGUGCGCUACCACAGAUGGUUUCAAAAGCCUUUUAACCCAUUAGUGGUGGUUUAUGGGUAGGAAAGAUGUAUUCAGUUUUGUAGAUCAGUCUUUGAGGGCUCUGUUCCUGCUGGGAGACUCAUCAGAAACUAUGCUGCAAAGUUGCUCUUCCCAGUAAUUCCAGACCUUCUCCCCAGUUUAAUUUCCAGAGCCUGUUGUAGACCUCCUGGAUUCCAUUUGAGUUACUUCUGACUGGGAUAUUUGUGUUGUGUCUGUAAUAUUGGCACUGAAAUAAAGACCAUGCGGUUUAAAGAGA